UUCUCUCGUGUCCGGAUCCUUCUUUUUGGAGGUUUCUCUCACCUCUCACCCUCUUAUAAAUACUCUUUCCCAAACUCCAUUGUGGUUUCUCUUCCCUUUGAUAAGGGGUUUUUAAGCCUUUCCCAACAACAUCAAACAAAACCCUUGCUAACUUCGAUUCUUUGAGCAAGAGAUCUCUAAUGAUACCACUCACUCACCUACUCGGACAACUCCUUGUUUUCCUUUAUUGACACGCCCACAUAAACACACUUCCAUUUAUACUAUAAUUUUCUCCCAAUCUUUUAAUGAAGAGUUUUGUUUUCUAUCUUUUUUACCAAAACUGUCUACUUUCUGUCAUACUUAACAAAAUUUUUUAAAAUCCAUAAUUUAUCUUUCAUUAUUCAAUUUAAUUCGAUAACAACUUUUAUUAUGAUUUUCUAUUAAUGUUUUCUCUUUCUUACUUGUGUUUAAUUAUUAGUUUUUCGUCAAACAAUUAUCUAGUUUUAUUAGCAUUUUUUUGGGUUUGAACAAUUGAAAUUACGGUUUUUAAUGACUAGAGGAAUCUGUUGACAUAUUUUGUGUUGCUUCAUUUAUCUAGGGUUUGGUGGGGUCGUACUAGAAUUAAUUGUUGAUUGUGGAUUGUGGUUUUUAAACUAUUAGGUCAUAAGAAGAAUACACGCUGCAUAUAGAAACCGAGGACUUUGGGUUGUAUAGCUUGUAUUUAGAAUAGUUUAAGUUAUUGGGAUUAAAAUCUUCUCAUUGAAUCUGCAAAGGGCGGUCUAGAGGCUGAACUUUAAUCUGCAAAAAGGGAUUUUGAGAAUUGCUUUUGAACACCCAGUGGCUGGAAGCUUGACAUAGAUAAUAGAUGGUGAUAAGGAAGUGAAGAUUUUUUCAUCAAAAGGUGAUGUUAUCCCUGUUGGCCUGUAGUAAUCACGAGAAGAAUUGAAUUUUAUUGGAACUUCUGCAUUUGUCGACAAAUCAUUAUGGUUGAAACUUUGAUUAUUUGGCGGCAUUGAAGUUAGAUCAGUGUUUAAGUAGAGUUGAGCAUUCAAGCCUUGUGGGUUCACUUAGUUCCAUGCGAAUUUUUUGACAUAAUUUUGCAAUUCUUAGGAUUUGAGUGUAAAGAAAAAGAUAUUUUAUUUACUGGGUAUCAGGUAUCUUUUGUCUGGGAGGUGAAUUUGAAUGAUCAUUUUGUGAUAUUAAAGCUGGAAAUGAUUGCGAGGGCAUGGUGCAUGGACAGGGGCAUAGUUUCUGGUCUAUUCCUGUGUUGGAACAAAGGUAUAAAAACUAGGAAAAACUUUUCAGUUGGUAGAAGGAUUCUGCUUUGCUGUUUUUAAGGAUCACGUGCAAUGUCUCGCUGCUUUCCAUUCCCGCCUCCUGGAUAUGAAAAGUGUGCCAGAGUUGAAGAUACAGACUUGCUAGCAAAGCUGCAGUUUGGAUUAAUAUGUGACGACUUAAAGGCAAAAGGCUCCUUUAAUUACUGGGACAUUGUUUUGCUUGAUGUGUUUUUUGAAUAGGGAUAAGGAGAAAAAAUGUAAAAAGGAUAAGGACAAGGAAAAGCGGGAAGGUAAAGUAAAAAGGAACAAAGAGAAAGAGAUUAGUAAAGAAAAACACAGUGAUAAGAAAGAUCGGAAGGAGAAGCACAAAUACAAGAAGGACAGGGAUAAGGAUAAAGACAAGAACCGGAUCUCAGAUGCAGAGAGAGUUGAAGGGCCGCAAGAGUGCUGCAAUGGAGGGAAGAUUAGUCCGAACCGCCUGCAGAAUAAAGGGAUCAAUGAUUCUAAAUAUGUGCAAGAUUUGGCAGAGAGAAUUAGGGAUGAAGAUAAAGCAGCAGGAAGCCAAAUUGUUCAGAAUAUUACUGUUACAGAUCGAAGAAGAGCAGAACUUCCAGGAAGGAUUUUGGAGUGCAGUACUGCCAAAUUGGAAGAGAAAGAGAAAGAGAAAGGAAAGAAUAAGAAAGAAGUUGAUAAGAAAAUCAAUGGGCAAAGGAACCAUGUUGAGGCUAGAGGUUUCGGAAAUUCAAUCGUUUCAGGAUUCUCUGGUACUGAUCAAAAGAGAUUUCAAGGAAUCACUAAACCCGUGGAGAAAUAUGAUGUUGAGAAGCAGUUGGAGGAGAUAGAAAAGGAUAAGUGCAAAGAAACUGAUAAGAAGGGUGAUAAACAGAGGGAUAGGGAUCGAGAGAAGAAAAGCAGAUCAAAAGACAAAAGCAGGGAUAAAGAAAAGAUAUGGGAGGAGAGAGCGAGGGAGAUAGUUCAACCAAGUAAAGACCAGCUUAAAUUAAAAGACAGCCCAAAAGGCAAGGGCCUCCUGAAUUCUUCCAAUAUUAGACCAACAGAUGUUUCAAAGACUGGCAACAACAAACCUCCUGGUCAGGGAAGUCUUGGUAAACGUAAGGAGCUUGAGAUAAAUGGAAUUUCACAUGACUACGGAAUUUGGCCUAAUAAAUUGCCGAUACCUGUCUCAUCCUCUCACCUGGUCACCAAAAAUGGAAGAAAAAUGGAACCAUGCCAAACUUUGAUCCACUUUGUGACUGAGUUUCAAGGGGCAGAUUGUAAUCAUAAAGUGCAUUCCAAGGAACACACGAUUAAUGGUUUAAGUAAAGUUCCACAACAAAUUUUAUGCUCAACUAAGCCUUCGCCAACUAUUGAUCAAGGUAGUGAGAAUUGCAAAGCAUCUGCCAAACCACCACACCCUGAUUCCAAGUAUCUGAAUCAGAUCCUUUCUACUGUGCCCAAAGUGGAGAAUUGGUCUGAUUUUGAUGACGAUGAAUGGCUGUUUCGCAGCAAUAGUUUGCAGUCAAAGAAGGCUAAAGUGGGUUCUCCUGGGGGUGAUGUGACAUUGCAAGUGUGGGCAGAAGCUCUGCCCAUAGAGUCUGCUGGUGUAACAGGUCUGCCAUAUGUCAUCCCAUUCUAAUAGAUAACUUCUCUUCCACUUCCAUCAUUGCCGAUUUGGCUGUUACCCGGAAGUCUAAACAGACCUGUUUUGAAGGUAUAUCCCAGGCUCCUGCGGUUAUCGGUUUAUUACUGCAUUUACUUUUGAUUGCAGUACUUUAAUUUCUGUUGCAGUCAUGCUAUUGGUGUCCAAAAUGCUUGUCUUGGAAGUGAUGUGGUGCGUCUUUCAGGAUUGUGUAAGAGGAAUUUUCUUCUUUUCAGGACUGUUAAAGAGGUUUUGAAGUUGAUUGUACAUGUGAGAACGCUGUUUAGGUGUUAUUGGAAGAAUAUCCCUAAAUGAAUUUGGAGAAGGGGAUGUGUUAAUUGAGGAUUCUGAGAUGGUUAGGGGUCAUUUUUUGUUAGCUUAGAGUUUAAAGUUAGAAAUAUCGUACAAAGUGAGUAGGAUUUUGUGGUCCUUGUUGCGCACACAGUUUUGUAAAGAUGAUAAAUCUUAAAAUUUACAUUAGAGUGGGAGAAAGGAAAGAGGCAUUAUUAUUCA